CCCUUUCACAAGCUCCGCCCAAGUGACCGUCAUCUGCGAUCGGGUUCUGCGCACAUUGGCCGUGGUGUUGUUCCAGGCAAAUUCUGAACUGAUACUAAAGUACUUCAAGUGUACUCGUUUGCCGUACCUGAUACAGGCGCGUAUCAGUGACAAAGUAUCUGGUUGAUAUUUAUCGACCCACCACUAGGUCCAACGUUUUCUUAUCAGCUGAUGGUGUUAUUAAGUCAAAUUAUGCUAUACGUCAAUGGUAAUAAUUAUUUUGGACAAAUGACAAAUAUAGAAUUUGGUGCUAUGCUUUACAUGUUUUAUAUAUACAAUAAUUACCGUUUAUUUGUAAGAAGUGUUAUGCAUGUUACCAGGAAUUCUUGGAAAGUUGUAUGCUAACCUGUGGUAAUGGCUCUAGAAGAAUUCAUCUGGAGAAUUACGUGGCUGCACACUUGACACACUGUUAUUUAACCAAAAUCAUAAAACUUUUAGGUGCAGUUGGACAGUAAGGCCAUGGAAACAACUGAACUUGAAAGUCAUAGUUCCGAUGAUGAUCCUGGCGUCGAUACAGCAGAGGAUCUCGUAGUGUCCAUCGACCCAUCAGCCGUUGGUACGGAAUUACUCUCUGAGAACGCACCAACUGUAACUGCCCAGAAAAAUGGAGACGUCAUAGUGUAUCCUUGCACCAUGUGUAACAGGACUUUUCCUCUUGAACAGUUGCUUAUUCUCCAUCAGAAAAAUCAUUUGCGGGAAAGAAACUACACUUGUAAAACGUGCAAGAAGUCAUUCUUUACUAGUAGUGACCUAUUGAAACACGAAACUGUUCAUUCUCAGGAUAAGCCAUUUAUUUGUUGCAUCUGCAAGAAAGCGUUUUCUCGCAAGAAUCUCUUGCGCAGGCAUGAAACAAUACACAAGGAUAACGAAAGGCUGGUGUGUUCAGUUUGUGGAAAGACCUACCUGGCUCCAGACGACUUCCAAAGGCAUGUGCAAAUACACCGUAGAGUGAAAUCCUUCACAUGCGAGUAUUGCGAAGCAGGGUUCAUGAACAGGCAGACGCUCGAGAAACAUAUCCUGCGGGUCCACAGCGAUGAAAAACCGCUCUCUUGCGACUAUUGCAGGGAAACGUUCUUCACAAACACGGAGCUGAUGAGACAUCUGGUUAGCCACGCAGGUACCAAACCCUUCCCAUGUCGCCUGUGCCCCAAGUCGUAUGCCCUGAGCCACCACCUGACGAGACACAUGCGUACGCACACGGAUGACACCACGUACUCGUGCCACACAUGCGGCAAGUCAUUCUCUCGGCGUGACUCUGUCAGGGUCCACAUGCGUGGCCACACUGGUGAGAAACCCUACCCAUGCUCAUUAUGCUCCAAGGUGUUCUCCUCAAACACUCAGCGUAAUCGCCAUCUUAAAACCCACGCUCCAACUAAGCUGUUCCCAUGCUUGGUCUGCUCAAAGACGUUUAACCGCAAAGAGCAUUUGUUCAAACACAUCAACACACAUACAAAGGUUAGGAAAACUGUGCAGUUUGCAGAGUUAACGACUCACUAAAUGUUAUAGUUGUAUUUUAAUUUAGAGACUGUAGACUGAAGUGGGCAUUAUGAUCUUUAUUAUGUUCUGCACAUAGAAAAAGCACUUAAUCAUCAGCAAUUGUUGAGAUAUUAGAGGGGUUGUGACAGACAUAAUUGAUAUGGUUAUACUAAAAAAAUUAUUUUAAUAAUUGAUUUUUGAUUUUGAAUGCAGAAUCUUAGCCUGGUAGCAAAGUACAUUGCUACAAUUUUGAUGGAGAUUUGGUUGACAUAAAGUGCUUACUUUUUGUUCAUAGUGUAAUGUAUUGUUCUAACAACCAUGAUUAAGGGGAUUGGUGCAGGACAAAAAACAGUCAUUCGUCAGAAUUUGUUGGAAAUGAGCUUAAGUGUUUUAUAAAUGCUUGUUUAUUACUACUGUACGGCCAGCCAGCACGUAUAUAAGCUAGCGGGUGAGAUUUGGCAAGUUAGUGGCGAGAGAGCUUCUGUGAGGGGAGGUUGUCGAAUGUUGCAGCUCUGAGGCCUGCCAUCUAGCGGGAAUCUUUCGAAGGUCUUCCACAAUAUCGCCUUUCUCUCUCUCUCUCUCUCUCUCUCUCUCUCUCUCUCUCUCUCUCUCUCUCUCUCUCUCUUUCUUUCUCUCUCUAUCUCUCUCUCUCUCUCUCUCUCUCUCUCUCUCUCUCUCUCUCUCUCUCUCUCUCUCUCUCUCUCUCUCCAACACGGACACCCAACCAGCUCUUAUCUUCGCUUCCCAUCUCGCACUAUCCUUCUUUCUCGGAUCAGGUAGCCGCCCUUCCCCGUGUAGACUUUCGUGUUACUCCAGGAAACCAAGACAACCUGUGAAAAAUUUGUCCAAAGCUGAAUUUUUGUACUGUGGUAGAGUUGACUAUGCUUAAUAACAUACCGAAAGUUUACCGCUGAAGACCUUGUGCGUUAUCACCGAAAAUUUGCAUUUAAGUCCUAGGUGACAGCAACUUGCAUCAGUCCAUUAAAAUGCUACCCAUUUAUACAGUUUUUAAUUUUGACUGUCCGUAAACUUACCAAAAUAAUCUAGAAACUGUAAUACGCCCAUUAAUGUUAGAAAAAAUUUAAAUUUUUAAUAUUUAAGAUAUGAUAUAAAGCGAUUAUUCACGACAUAUAUUUAUUUUAUCUUUGCCACCCAGAUAAAAAAUACGAUUUACACCGAUUUGAAGAGCCCAAUAAGAAAAAAUAUCUAAAUAAAUGUUUUUAAUUAUACUUUUAGCUUUAAGAUAGUAUAUUUAUAAAGAGUCUAGCAUAAUUAGUUGCCUCAUUAAAGCUGCCCAAGCGUUGCAGUGUACUGCGGCCGUACUGAUCUUUCACGGCCGGCGGGCUUUGAAACACGCUGCGUACUGCGACACUCAAUAAACUUGGUCUUAUUUAGGAAUUACUUAAAAUAUAUUUAAUGCAUAUGAUAGGGUGUAUUCAUGUUACAUCUAUUGAGAUAUACAUAUUCUUUUUUCUUAUAUGAAUGAUUUUUGAUACAAUAAAAUUAACAAUAAACAAUUUCUGCUUGGAACUUGUAAAUCAAAAUUCUAGAGGACCUCUGGUUUUAUAUAAGUGUGUUCGUAUUUUGUUACAAAAAUUUUAUUAUUAAAAAAUAUUUUAAUACCAAAAAAUAUAAUUAUUUUUUAUUUCUAAUACAUUAUAUUAUUUUAGAUCAGAACUGUGCAACAUUUUAAUGUAGCCUAUAUUAUAAAAUAUAUAUAUUUAAUUAUAUGAAAUUAGUUUACUACAUAACAAUUGAAGAAAACGAUACACCGUAAAUGUGCUUAUUGAGUUUUGUCACUUUUAUAACAUAAUUCGUAUGAUAAUAUUAUUUUUUUUCCAGAAAAUAAAUAAAACAUAAGUUGUGUUGUAAAAUGUAUUGAUAGAAUUACAUAUUUAGUAUUUUUUUUCUAAGUUAAUUCAUUGGAGUGCUGCGCCUAGCUUACUUCGUUGAAUUGCUAGUGGCAAAGAGCGGUGGUGGAUGUUUUUGCAAGAGUUUGACCGUAUUUUAUGACCCCAGCUGUGAGAGGGUGUUCGUCCCAGAAAUCUUAACGGUCAAGGAAAAUAGCCUUUCUCUGGCUGUAGUCACGUACGGGUCUGCUACUCGCGUAAUAUCGUCAGUUUAUCACAACUUUCCGGGAAGUUCUAUUGUUAUUUAUUUAUAAUUUAGAAAUUAAAGAGUCGAUCAUACUAACAUUUUUAACUAAGCAAAUCGCAUCCUGGAAGAUUUUUAUCUACGUAAGCAGCAAAAAUCACUUGCAGUUAGGAAACUUUUAUUCUUUCAGAGUAAAAUUCAGUCUGGAAUUACCAUACAUUAAAAACCUUAGUUUUCUGGAGCAAAAAACGUCCCAGCACGAGUGACUAACACUGCUGCACACACACUACGCAUCUUGAAAUACAUCAGUGGUCAGACUAUUGUACCAGACACUCAAAAUAUACACAUUUAAACCUUUAAAAAAAAACACACACAGACAAUAUUUAUGAAGUGAUUUUGACGCUACACUCAACAUAUUUAUGUAACAUGUAGUCAAAUUUCUAUAAAAAAUAUAUUUUUAUUACCUUUUAUGAUUAAAAUUACCAAUUUAAUAAUAGGACGUUUAAACAUUGAGGUGUUUAUCACAGUUUCCAUGUAGGACAUUCUUUUAUAUUACUUUGGUGCCAUAAUGAGAACCGGCUUAAAAAAGUAUUAAAGUUAUUAAAUUUACGAAACAUUUUUGUGGAUCAUUGUAGAAAUUAUCAUUAAGGACUCAACUGCUCAUUAUUGGUGUGAUCACCAAUGUUACUAAGAAAUGUUCAUUCUACUACUGUACAAAAUUUUUGCUUUGGGAUAAUUUUCCAUGUAUUAAAAAUUUUUGUUUCUUAACAGCGAAAUUCGUCCCGACCCGAGCCUACUUCGACAACCUCGCAGUAGUAUACACUACGCGGCUCGGAUCGCUUUAAUGGUCAGACUAAUUGUAUGAGACACUUAAAAAAUAUACCAAUUUAAAGAUGAAUAAAUAUGCAACAACGUUUAAUCCAAGCGAUUUCCACGUUGGGCUCUUUAAGUUUAUGUAAGAUGUAUUUAUAUUUCCUUAAAAUUGAAUGAAAGUGAAUUCGUGAACUUUCAUGAUUUAAAAGGUAUAUUUUAUAGAAACAUGUUAAAACUUUGUGCUUUUUAUCACUAUCCUCAGAUAGGGCAAUGUUUCUAGAUUAUUUUGGGUUCCAUACUGACGGUCUACUCCAUAAAGUGCAUUUGCAAUAUCCAUUAUUGUGGAUCGUUGCAAAAAAUUGUCAUUUUGGACUUAACUGCCCGUUUUUGGUGUGACGCACAAGGUUUGCGGCAGUACUUAAACUUUUGACGUGUUACUAAGAAAUUUUCAUUCUACUACUGUACAAAUUUUCGGCUUUGGGAUAAUUUUUCAUGUAUUAAAAACCUUUGUUUCUUCACAGCGAAAUUCGUCCCGACCCGAGCCUACUUCGGCAACCUCGCAGUAGUAUACACUACGCGGCUCGGAUCGCUUUAGUGGUCAGACACAUUGUACCAGGCUCUCAACAAAUAAACUAAUUUAAAAUUUAAGAACUAAAUCAUGAUCGUAAAGUGGCCGCCAUGGUGAUUUGCGAAUUUAUGGAGAAAUAAAAGCAGUUAAAAUCUUAUGUAGUUUCCAAGAGACAUUAUUACAUCACCAAUCAUCUAAAGUAACAGGUUUACAAAAUUUCAACAUAUUCAGUAACUAGUCAGUUUUUUUUUUCAAAUGUGUUAGUAUUAACAAUCUGGACCAUAUCUAGUCUGUGAGGUCUGUAUUGUUACAGACUAUCUGUAUUCCGGUAUUUGGAUUUUGAAGCUACUUAAUGAUUCGCUUUCAAUGUCUAUUAAAAUAUACCUAAUGCUAAUUGCAGGAAUAUUUCUACUCGAUUUCAAAGUUAUAAUUCCUGAACAUUUGUAGCAGACACAUUUCAAUGUAACACUUACUGAUUUUCGAGUUGUGUUGAGGUUUCACAUGCGUGGCCCCUGCUCUGGUAACAAUGAGUCAUCACAACCGGUGCCGUCUGUACGAGCGUCUUCACAAGUUAUCCUGAAAUAUGUUCUUAAAUAUUAAUUCAAGUGAAUUCUUAAAAUCCUACACACCUUAUCUUAAGUGUCGUAAAUGAAUCGUUAUAUUUUAUAAAUCCAUAUAAUAUAGGAGCCAUAAUGGCGCGAAGCAAUGGACGCGAUACAAAUAAUAUUUUUUUUUUACCAACCACUACAUCAGUAAAUAUUUGUGGUUUCCAUUCGCUAUGAAUUCAAGCAUGUAACAUGUGUACUGUUUCUUCAAUUCGGCCACAGUUAAAUGGGAGGCUCUGAAUCACUGAAAACUCCUCAACAAAAUCAACGAUGAAUCACAGGCAUUACAACAAACAGUUGUCACAAGUCAAGUAGCCAAUGAGCAGGUGACAUUUUUCGAGUUCGUAGAGGAUUGUUGAGACUAUCCUACAGGUCAAUGGCAAUGCGCCCUUACGCGCAUGGUUAAUACCCCGCAUGAGUAGAGUGUAAAGGCGUAAGCAUGAGACACAUCUAGGUCCUCAUGUAACCGCGCACACUUAGAUUUAACUCAGGAUAGGGUGAAAAAUAUUUACUAAUUUUGCAGUCCUAACAGUCACCAACGAAUAGCCAGCAUAAUAAAUAAAUAAGCUCACGAAUAUUGUUCGUGAAUGAAGGCGAAGCUGAUACUUUGGAAACGUUACCAGCAGAUAUUAAAUAAUUUUUAACUAUUAUUUACGUAGCUUACUUCUUAAAACUGCAUUCGUGUAAACUGAUUUUGUGUGAUACUAUGUUGAGUGUUUUCUGCUACACGUAAUUUUCUGAAAAAAGUCUAUUGUGGCUUAAUAAACUUGUUAACAUUGGUGCCUGUCAUAAAAAAAAACUCAAACGUAAUUAUAAGGAUACAUGUUGAGUAUAGUUAAUGAAUGGUUCACGCAUUGCUGAAAAAAAAAAAAAAAAAAAAACAUGUUUAAAAUUUUACACAUCUUUUUGUUGUCGCAUCGCGUCCAUCGCGUUGUACAUACGCAACUCUGAAAAAUAAAUAUAUGGUAAAAAAAGCUAUAGUAAAAUAAUCUUGUAUCUUUCUUUAUUCUUUUUUCUAAGCGCUCUAAUGGCUUUCGAUAGCUUUGUUCUUUUGUGUACGCUGCUUGGUGGAGGUUUCUUCUGCAUUUUAUUCCUGAAUAAAUCUCACGCUUACAACAAAAAACAUCUAGCUAAAUCACUGUGCUAAAUAAUAACAGAGAAUAACCAUUCAAUUAUACGCCGAGCUAUACCAAACACGUUCUCUUAUCUACUGAAAAUGAGUACGUUGGCCUUCAUAUCAGUUUCCCGCGAAAUCCCGUCUCCCCUUCGUAAACAGCAGACAGCUGUGGCUGGGUGGGAACGAGCUGCAAAAAGUUUGGAAAACUGUCGCAAGGUGUCACUACUGUCCAGCGCGCUCCAUAAUUCCUCGUAUCCGAGCUUGCACGCUGCUCAAAUUUCUACAGCUACAUUUUUACUUUAGGUCCAACUGCAAUAAGCUAAAGAUUAAAAUAAAGUCAAUCAUUCAGCCGACAUAUAUGUAGGCGUUUGAAUUACAAAUGAAAACGCGAAUGUUAUUAAAUUCGCAAAUGAAUAUCACGUAAUUUCGUAGCAGCUUAUUUAUUAAAAUUCAAAUUGUAAAUACGUUAAAUUAAUAAUGAUUACAGAUAAAAUAAUGGCCACAGUCAUAUCUCCCGUGUCUGAAAAUUUAUCUGCGAAUGUUUUACCACUGAAUUCUUUAUAGUUUUUUAAUAAAGCUCGAAUUUAAAAAAAUUCCCGAAAAUCAGCAAUAACUUAAUUAAAAUAAAAAAAUAAAAAAAUAAAUUUUACACCAGAAUGGUUCAAAUCUUCUCUAGCAGCUGAAUCAUUAACAAAUAUAUUGUUUUUUUUAAUACGAUGCUGGUGCACCAAUCCCCUUAAGGAAACUUACUAUGUGGAUGAAGCUUUUUGCAACUGUACUAACUGAAACCGGAAAAUUUUUGUGGUCUAGGUUGUAUUAAAUUGCCUUUGGAUGCAGUGGUCAUUGUCAUUUUUCACGAGCACAUUUCAUUUCUACUGACUGGUUGGUGUAAUUCUACACCAAUAUCUCAAUGACCAGUGUGGAGAUUGUACCAACACACUGCAAGUUGAUACUUUUUAUUUUGUUAGGUUUAGUGGAAAUCAUGAACACAGUGUGCAAUUAUUUCUUCUCUAUUUAAAACUGAACCACAUUUUUGAAAUGCUUCUAUAAAAUAUGUUUUUGGAUGUUUAUCCUUUGUGAAACAAUGCACAACAUACUAAAGAAUAAAAUUGCAUCUGGAUCUUUAAAGGAAUUUUCAGAACUACAGAUAAAGAAUUAAUCACUCACAUAUUUAUUUGUCUUUCAAGGACUUAAGGUGAACUUUAAAAGUACAAAUGUAAUGUUAGUCAGCUGUUUAACCAGUCCCCUAAUCCAUAAAUGGUUUUUUUUGUUUGUCAAUUCUUUAUUCAUCAAGAUGUAACCUCACUACUGAAAAAAUGACUGUUGAAAAUGUUCUUCAGUGUUGAUAGACCAGGGUGUAUUAGCUUUGAUUAAAUAAGAUAUACUUUCACAGCUAGUAACUCAUUGCCUGCAGCCUGGAAUUUGAUUAAGGUUGCGUCAAAUUUUUAUUAGUAGGACAAUAUAGCAAAUUCAGAAAAUUCAGGCUUUUUAACAUGGCGAAAGCUGGCGACACCAGACUGCAACGAUCCUAGCGGCUGAGCCUAAAGAACGCCUGCAAAAUUCAAAUUACCUUGUAUUACAAUGGAUGAUCUCGGUACAGAUUUUCUCUCGUCGUUUGAAAUCUUUGUAUGAAAAUUUUUUAUAUUUCACAAAAUUAUAUUGACUUAAAAAUCAUGAAAAAUUACCUAACUUUAAACAUGAUGUGGAUCAUACAUAUUUUAACAAUGAAACAUAAUUAACUUUAAAAAUUAAGUUAUGCAUAUUGUUUCUUUUGUAAAUAAUUCCGUGAAACAUAGUGGAAUUAAUACAAAUUUUAAUUUCUUAAUAUCGGUGCUCAUCUGAAGAAAAAUUUUUUUGUGAAAACUUAAACAAUGGCAUUUUGGAGUACCGGAAAACACUAUUAAGUGUUUUUGAUGUCGCUAACUUAAACUAACCAAAAAAUUUACAGGAUUUUAAAUGUAUUAGCUAACCUAAACAUAUCACGUGUUCAAACAUAGAACUAUUAUUAAUAUACACCUAUCCCUCACUUAGCACGACUAAUUCGUUCCUAAAUAUGCACGACUAAUUCGUUCUUAAUAUGCUCGUGUUAUUCGAAAUCACUUAUUCAGAAGCAUUAGUUACCAUAAAUUGCAAGGCUAAUUUAUUUAUGUGUUCCAAAAUGUGUAGGAAAAUAUACUUUACGUAAUAUAAAUUCAUUGAAUAACACUUAACUAUAAAUAUGUCACACCAUUUAUCUUUAUGUGCCUCCCAUCGCACUUUGUAUGGCAAAUACGACACCACAUAACGGGAGAUACGUGGUUAUGUACUUUAUCGUCAUUCGGCUGGCUGACUUGCCCGCCUGGGCGUGACUUCAACUUACGUCGUAUAUUUUUCCGAAACAUCCUUUACUGACAGUGAAACCGAUAUUACUGUCCGGAUAAUUACAUUUUAAUUUUUCAAAAAUGAAAGUGCUUAUUCGCGUUUCAUCACCUGGUUCACAUCAAUCCUGUCAAGCCAAUGAUAAUUAUUUUCAUUACAACAUUCAUUUAACAACCUUUUCCAUGUGAAUCAUCUGUUCAUUUCUGUUCCGAUAUAUAAUGUCAAAUAUAUUCCCGCUAGUACAAUCAACGGCAUCAGACUUAUUUAAACUUUUGGUAAGAGUCCUUAUUUGUAUGAUUGUGUGCACAGUUGACUUGCUUAAAUCUAAAGUGCGACCAACAUAAGUGUGGCCUUCAUGACAAUCUGCGCGCUGUAAUACUUCUUGUUUUGUCUCAAAUACUUGAACAUGAUGCAUUAUGAGUGAUCAAGCACGUACCGUUGCCGGCAGCUGAAUGGGCAUACAUUGCUUUUGUUUCAGUGAAAUCCCUGCCACUGGCUAGACUGAGUUCAUGGCCCGGUUUGUGACCAGGCAACAACUGUACGGCACGGCAGCAUACGAUUGGACAUAAAAACAUUUGUUCCUUUACACUCAAUAGCCGCAAUGUAACUUGCCAUACCUGAUGUUUGUACAACAUCCGAUAGCGUAGACAGACCUGCGUGCGCAUCUUUCCCCCCCCCUUGUUUGGCUAACUGUAUCCCACGGCACAUCUGUUAAUUACAGAAGUUGAAACAGACUUUGUGGCAUCGUGCUCGACUUUUUUUUUUUUGGCCUGCAGAGAUUUCGUGCUAACUGAAAUUUACAGACGUGCUAUUCAAGACAUGGGCAGUAAAUUUCACAUUGCGGUAAAUGAAUCCGCGCAAUCUGAAACCGUGCUAAGUGAGGGAUAGGUGUACUUGAAAUAUUGCAUUACUGUUUAGCAGUCAUAAAAUAGAAUGAGAGUGACUUAAAAUAUAAUUGUCAGAAUUUUAUUAAUUAAUUUUAGAAAAGCACCUAGAAAAUUACCAUGUUAUAUUUACAAUAUUGCUUUUAAAACAGUAUUAUAUAUAUAAAAAAUAUUUAAAAGCAUUGAACAUUGCAGAUAUGUGACUUCUUUAAUUCGUACUCAGUAAUCUCAUUUAGAUUUUAUUCCAUAAAGGUUGUCGACAGAAAUUUUUUUCACAUUUAGAUGCGGACAGUAAUGGCCCUCUUAUUUUAAACAUCAGUUGUACAAAAUUUUACCAAGAAGUCUCAAAAUUACACUUUAAAAAGUGGGAAAGUAUAAUUGGGGUAUUUUUAGAAAUCUUAUGUAGAUAGUAACAUUCCUGUUGUUUUGAAGGUCAAGUGUGCAAAAUAUCAUCAAACUCGGAAUAAAACUUUAUACAUAUUUGUAUAAAAAAAAUGCAAACAUUAAAUCUAUACUAAUAUUAUAAAGCUGAAGAGUUUGUUUGUUUGAACGUGCUAAUCUCAGGAACCACUUGUCCGAUUUGAAAAAUUCUUUCAGUGUUGGAUAGUACAUUUAUCGAGGAAGGCUAUAGGCUAUAUUAUAUUAUCAAUAACAUUAGGGAUCCUUACUAAAAGUCCAAUUUAGAAUCAAAUGCGUUGGAGGGGGUUAGAUACAACAUGCAGUACAUGUACGAAGUGUGUGUUGACAAUGCCGCAGGUGCUAAAAGUUUAUUUCCUAUUGCCUAUUAACAUUGUUGCCACGCACUAGAUGCCUUAUAUCACUCUUAAUUUUCCCAUACAAGUAAAAAACACCCGUGUGAUAUUAACAACGAAGCAAUCAGUACCCUCAUAAGAGUUCAAUAAUUAGUAUUUAAAUACUUUUUAUCACUUUAAAUCGCAAACCUAAACUAUUGUUUUUUUUCUCUCUCUGUGUUUAAUUUGUUUUUUAUUGCCCUUUUUUUCAAGUAUAUAUAUUUUACAGACUUAAAACUUCACAGUAAUGUUCCUUAUGUUACGCAGGAUGACAUUUUCCGAAAAUUAGAUCCCAUGGGUGGUUAAAACCAGGCAACAGUGGGUACUAUGUCUGCAUGAGAACAUGAUUUUGCAUUGUUCAUGUCUUCUGCGUCUCCAUGGCAACGGGCAUCGCGCGGCAGUGGCGUACCCACAAGGAGGGGCAUCUUUAAUGAGCGGCGCAAGGGUGAUCUGCCUGUAGACUGCCGUAGCGAAGUACGGGUACAUCAGUUGUACAUUGCGUGCACGAGUUGGGAAACCAUCGGUGCUAUUCAUUUUCUCUCCGGUACAUUAUACAGCAUUGUAAUAAAUUUUCACUUAAUUUUUUUUAUUUGCCAUUACUGUAAAUGGGAGAAGUGGCUUAAUUUUUUUCCAUUAGUAUAGCCGUGCGAAGCCGGGUCGGGCAGCUAGUCUUUUUUACAUUUAUGUACAUACACAUAUUCACUUAUAUACAAACUAUCAUUUCUAAUAUUUAUAUGAAUUAUUUUAGUUGUCGGUAAAAUAUUAAUGUUAUAUGCCUACAUAGUGUAAAAUAACGAAAUCAACUGUCUGAGCUGUGUAUUAAAAGUCAUUAUAAUAACACUUUCUUACACAAAUAACAAGUAAUAAUUAGAUUUUCUGUAACUACAAUGUUAAAAUGUACUCAAGAGUCAUAUAUGAAAAUUUAAAAAAAAAAGAAGAGUAGGAGAUUUGAUCUCACACUCUUCUAAAUAUCAGUCGCACAUAUUACCGCAGAGCUUAAUACACCAACCGAAAGGAUUGUUAAAAAAUUUGGUUAUCAAUGGUGUAAUCCCAAAAUUAUAAUGUAUUUUUAAAGGUACUACAAUUUAUUUAUGUGACUAUUAAAGUCUAAAAAAUGUAUUCCAGAAUAUUUUUGCUAUCACAGAAAUUUAUUUGGCUCACCAAUACGCUUGAUAUGUCUUCCAGUAAUUAUGUAAAAUAUUAUAGUAGGUUUAUGGCACGACACGUAAAUAUCGGCACCAAUGCGCCUAAAGAAGUUUACCUUCAAAAAUGGCUUCAAGCAGUUAGCAACAUCGUAAUUGUUGAAACCAAAUAUUACACAAUCUUUUCCAGUCAUAAAUUUUUUCCAUGACUUUCCUAUAUCGUCCUACUACAUUAUUUGGUUGCAUCCUGUUUUAUCAGAAACAGCACUUCCGAAUGUAACUUAACAAAUACUUACAGAUACAACACAAGACAAUAACAGAUACAACCAACAUAACUAAAGAUAAUAUAAAUUGAUAUAUAACAACACAAAUAUUCUACCUCAAUAUAUAAAAAAAUAUUAUUUUUUAAGUUUUCCGUCAUAUUCCAUUACCUAAUUUUGGUAAAUAAUGCCAGAAUGCCUUGACAUUGUGGAUGUGUGUUGUGAUUUGCAAAUUAAUGACUACAUUGUUAAAAUGUUCUAAUGAAGUUAUUCUAUUUCAAAUUUUAUGAUAACUGUUGCUUAGAUAUUUUUUAUAUUUUUUCUCCAUAUUUAGUUACUAAAAGCUUAUGUUAAUUAAUUUCUAUAGCUUUUAAAUGCUCAUUCACUUUAUCAUUGUUAGUAUUUAUAAAAUUAAUUUUACAACUGGAACAACUCCCCUCGCUGUCUCACUCUUACUCUCCCUCCCCCCUUCAACUUUCUUCCUUCUCAGGUAGGAUCUGUUAAUUUGUUCCUGAAUUUGUUACCUUAUAUUUUAAAAAAAUUUAUAUCAAGUAUAAGUGUGUUGCAGCCAUAAAAUACGAAACUGUGAUAUUUUUAAAGUUAUUUAGAUAUCACUUAUUAAGUUACCUAUACAUUAUAGUAAAAAUGUGUGUGAAAUGACUAGUGCAAUGAUUUGAAACAGCAUUGAAAUAGUGUUAACUUAAUUCUGAAAUUAGCAAAAAAAAAAAAAAAAAAAAAUUGCUUAUGAAUAUGCCAAAUAUUUUAAAAGUUUUAUGUAUGUAUUUUAUGGACUUACAUGAUGAUGUGUUUUUCACUCGAAGUAAAUUAUUUAUUGGAUUCAUUGAGUUUAUAUUGUAUUUCUGACUGGUUGGUUUUUAUUUUAUUAGAUAGAUACUUCUUGGUGUUUAUUCCAUUUACUACAGUGCUCCCUGUGUAUUUUUUUUUUGUUAUAGUGGUUUUCAUUGUAUAUUCUGUUGUUUUUUGAUGGUUUGUAUUGGUCCUUAUAGAGUUUUAAUUAGUUUUAAUUAAUCUUACAGGUUUCUCUUGUUCUCUUAAUUUCCAUCAAUUCUUUUUUGUUUAUUGUAAGUAGUGUGUUGCAAUUUGUUUAUCUUGUUACAUGUUGUACUGUGUAUCAUCAAUGGCUGUAAUUUUUUUUUUUAGUGUUUUUUAAUUUCCUAAAGUAUUGUUCUUUAUUUUUGUUGAGUUAUGAUAGUUUAAGUUAGAUAUUUGUACUGCUAUCUUGUUUGUGUUGCAAAUUGUUGACUUUGUUAAAUAUUAUUCAAUUAUAUUUUUAGUUUCUUUUUAGUUGUUUACAUGGAGUUACAGUGGUUUUUUUUUAGAGAUUUUAAUUUGUUAUUAUUGUUUUUGCUUUAUUUUGUGUGCUGUUUACAUUGGUAGUGCUGUUUUGUUGGGACUCUCGUACCUUGAUGCAGGGACAUAGCCAGCGGAUCAUAUGUGGGGUCCAGAUUCCUCCUUCCAAGAGUUAAAAGAGAAAAAAAAAUUGAAGACCGAAUAAGAAAAUUAUACAAACAUAGCUAUAUAAGGUUAUAGAGACAUUAUUCUGAAAGGAUUAUUGUAAUCCUUAGUGGGUUACGAUGGAUUAUUUCCUCCCCAGUAUAGUCCGACAUACCUCAUACACAGAAGUGGCAGAAAUUGUUAUCCCAAGUAGUUUAUAUAUAAUGCCAGUUUGUGUACAUGUUAUAUGUUAUCAAACAAUAUACGUAAGAAAAAGUAUUAAAAACAAUUAAAUAAAAUCCAAAACUAAAAUGUUAAGUUUUCUUUUCUCAAGCAAAAUCAUUUCUUCAAUUUCUGUGUAUAAACGUUGGGAGUUCUAAAAGUCUUCUAUUCUCUGAGAUUUUAGUGUGACAAUCAAUUUUCUUUUUAAAUGAAUUCAAUUAUAAAGAAAGUUUACUCAUAUAACAUUAUAUAAGGGUGUUUGCCAAAAUAAGGUACCUAAAGCAUGUCCCUAGGCCUUAAAAAUAUUAUACAUUUGUAUUAAUAGUAAUUUUUACAAUAAGAUAUAUGCUUGAAUGUAAUAGAAGCCUAUUAUUUAUAUUAUUUCUUAAAUAAAUGUUUUUGUAUUUAAGAUGCGAGACCAAGAAAGUGCUAAAUGUCCCCUCCGUGGACUGUCCCCAAGUACAGUUUGAUAACAUUUUAAUCAUCCACAACAAUAUGAUUUUAUGUUAUUUAAUAUUAAUUCUUUAAAUUGUAAUGUCCAAAGAUUAAAAAAGAAAUCAUAAAAUUGCUGGACUGCAAAGGUUUGAAUUUUCAAGUAAGAUUAAUAUUUAUUAAUUGUCCCCAGGAAAUGGGUCCUUAGUGUAGACAUACAAAAUAGUUUCAAUAUAAACCUCCAGGGUGCAGCACUGGCCACUGAACCCUACAAAAAAGGAGGGAAAAGAAUCUAUCUUGUUUUCUAUCAAGUCAUAAGUGGAUGAUUGGUGAUUUAUUGGUACUUACAUUAGUUGAUCCAUGUUAUAUAACGGUUGGUCAAGAUCGCUUAGUCCACUCCGUGGACAACUUUUUGAAGGUGAGAAAUGAUAUCUGUCCCUUCUAAUAGAUGAAUAGAUAAAAAGUACUACAUAUAAAUUUCUUUUACAAAUGCAGUGAUAUUCUAACCUUAAAAAUUAAAGGACUAGAAAACAAAAGUACAGUUUCUGUCCCCUCCGUGGAAUUCACAGGCUACGGAGGGGACAUCAUUGUACAUGUAGUGAAAUAUUUCCAGAGUUGAAUUAAUGAGAACUGUAUGGAAGUGUUAGUGCUAUUUCGAGUACCAGAACUGCUGACAUUGCAGCAUAGGCCUAUUAACAGACCAUAACAUAUUUAUGGACUUAAACAUUGAUGAAAUUUAUACAUUAAUUAUGAAAAUUACCAUACAGCUGCACUAAGUACUGUGUUUGUUACAUUCAUUAGAUCCAGUAUACUUGUGUAGAAAGAUAUUUGACAAUUUAAAUAUUGUCACAGGUACAUGAUUUUGUAAUACCUUAAAUGCUUAAAUGUUAAUAAUAAUUUACCUUGCAAUCUGCUGAAUUGAUUAUUUUCUCUUUUGACAAAUGUUCAUGCAGCACGGUUGUGGUCUGUCUAUCCUCAUUUAAAAAAAAACAUUAAUUUUACUCUUUCAAAUGUUUUAUCAUUACAACAGAGCCCAAUAAACGCUCUGAUGGAUUUAGUAUUUAUCUUGCAGAAUAAUGGCUCCCAUAAAAAAGAAAACUUCAAAUUUCGCUAAUAAGAUCAAAAAACGAAGGGAACAGAAAAAGAUCAGCAUGAGAAAGGCUAGAGAAAGGUUAACUAACAACCCAAGAAAGUAUGAAGAAGAAAAAGCUAAAGAAAGGGAAAGAUACCACAUGAGGAAAAAAUUAAUUUUGAAUAUGAGUGAAAGGGAUGAACGAUCAGUCAGGAAAGAAUGGAGAGACCUGAAACGACAUCAACGAAAAGAGAGAAAAAAGCGAAAGAAACUGAAGAAGAAUUAAAAAUUAAUUCUCCUGAAAUGCCACCAGAAAUUUCAGAUUCUGUAGUACCCUCAACUUGCAGAGUUUAAUGUGGAAAAAAGCGUUCAAGGAAAAACAGGAAGAAAAUGUAAGAAGAAAAACGGAAGUUGGAAAAGGACAAUGAGAGACUACGAAGAAAACUUGAGAUACAAAAACAGAAUAAAGAGAAUAAGAGAUUCAUUACAACCUAAUGCAGAUACUCUAACCCCUAGGAAGAGAGUGGAAAAGUUAUUUAGAAAUAACAACACUAAUUCAGAAGAAGUUAAAAAGAAAGUUUUUUUUGCUGAAGUUAUCCAUGACCAAAUAAAAGACAGUUUUAAAACUGAGAAAUCUAAAAAAAAAAAAAAAAAUGAGAACUAUGUUACGAGUUUUAACUGGAAAAAUUAUCAAGAAGUACAGACUCUGUGUACAUAACCACGGACUAAAAAAAGUACCAAAAUCAAUGGUAAGGUUAAAUUUGUCCACUCGGUGGACAGUAGAGUCCACUCCGUGGACAGCCCCAAAAUUCUAUUUACGUUUUAUUAAUUCAAUUUAAUGUAUCGAUCUUGACCACUUAUUGUACUGAAUUUGGCGAAACCAGGGGAAUAUUUAAGAAUCUUUACAGGUGUAUAUAAUAUACAGUGAAACCCCUUAUUUACACUUUUCAGGGGAACAGAGACAAAAAGUGUAAAUACCAGGAGUGUGUAAAUUGAGGGAAACAUAUUUUUAAAAUGUAACAUACCUGGUUUAAUGCACUCCUUUUACUUCAGUAGUCAGAGACAUCAAAAAAAGACACAGUGAACGAAAUAUCUUUAAAAAAAAUCCUUCAUUAGGCCUAUGUAAACAAAAAUAAAUUUACAACAUAUAACUUAAAAAAUUGUGUGAAUACAACACUGAAGCAAUGUGUGCCAUGAUAAAAUGUUACCAUAAAAAAGUUUUGUAGGCUUAUGUGCAAAAACUUUCAUGCCUAACUUAGGUCUAUUUCUUUGUAAAAUAAUCAGAAAUCUUGGUUUGCUUGCAUCUUUGAGUGUUCAUGCACAUGAUCUGCUUCUCUAAAGUAUAAAAAUUAUCAAAAACACCAUCACAGUUUUCACCAGCAGAUACUCCAAUGUAGUCUCACAGAGUUUGAAGAGCAGCAAGAGCAUCUUUACUCGUGGGUGUUGUCACUUCUUCAUCAUCAUCAUCAUCUUCGUCAGUAUCCUGUUGAGAAGUACUGACAUGGCUUUCUACAAUAUCUUCUAUACAUUGCACUUCCGAAGUGAUCACCUGACUGUCCACAUCCACGUAAUCUUGAAAUAUUUUCUCCUGCAACACCCUCUCAUGUCCUUCAACAUCUUCAAUGUCACUGUAAUCUUCUUCACUGAGAGUGUAAGGCUUUUCUGGGAACACAAAUCCAGCUUUUGCAAAGCAGUUUUGAAUUGUUGAUACUUUCACUUCUUUCCAGGCUCUUGCACUAAAAUGCAAUGCAGUCAGCAGAUUUAUCUUCAUCAAAGAAGGGUCUUUUCCAACAUCAAGCAUUGUUACUGCCCUUGAAACUAGGUAUCUGCGGUACAAAAACUUGAAUGCCUGAAUGAUACCCAAGUCAAGGGGCUGUAGCUCACUCGUGCAGUUUGCUGGGAAGAAGACAAUAUCAGUGUUGCGAAGCUGGAUGGUUGCUUUGUGAGCAGAGCACUGAUCUAUGAAAAGAAGAACUUUCCUAUUUUACAAAGCCAUUUUUGAAUCAAAUGCAUGCAACUGGCUCUGAAACAAAGCAUUGGUCAUCCAGGCUUUGGUGUUUGCUUCGUACUUUGUUGGGAGUGACUUGAUGUUUUUAAAACAUCGAGGUUUCCUCACUUUGCCAAUGACAUAAAGGGGGAAUUUUUCACUUCCAUCUGCAUUGGUAAGCAAUAACACAGUAAUCCGUUGCUUGCUGAGCUUACCUCCGUGACACGUUUCCCCUUUAAAACUAAAGGUUUUGUCUGGUAGAACAUUGAAAAACAACCCUGUUUCGUCGGCAUUGAAAACAUUUUUCGGGUCGAACCCAGCAAUUUUUUCCUGUAGCUUUUCCUUCCAAUGUUCCACAGUCUCCACAUCCACACUUUUGCUUUCGCCACAAACCACCUUGUAAACAAUAUUGUGACGCUGCUUAAACCGAUCAAUCCAUCCAUUGGAAGCUGAGAAAUCUUGAAUUCCCAGCCUAGAGGCAAUAACACGUGCUUUUUCUCUCAGUAUUGUACCAUUUAUUGGUAAAUUUGCGGCACGUGCACCAGAAAACCACUCAAGAAGAAUAUCUUCCAGCUGUUUGAAUUUCGAGUCCUUCACAUAUUUACGUUUUUUAGCACUUGGCCCACAUUGCGCGGCAUUUGCAGUGAUGGUUUCUCGGCUUUUGAUGAUGGUAUUAAGAGUACUCACAGGGAUUGAAAGUUCUUUCGCUAGGUCCACACGUGAUCCAACAUAUUCGUCGAAUUUGGCAAUUAUUUUAAUUUUAUCGGCAACGGUAAUAGUUUUUCGUUGUUUCACUUUCUCCAUUUUCUCACAGAUAUUAAUAACGACAAAGAGUUAAAGAUGUGUCAAAUACAUUUACCGCUAAAGCCAAUGAUACUACCAGCGCUCGUAGCGGAAAUCUGUGGAAAUAGAAGUACUGUGAAUAGUGCAAGGUUACUUGCACUGUUCACGACGCGAACGCAUUCACAUACGCAGCUUUUGAUGUAUCUUUCUUCUAUGGCGGCCAUGUUUCGGUGUUUGUAAACACUGAACGAGACGUUAAUAACGGGAAUGAAGCAACUUUUCUGACGUAACAAGCGUGAAAACGACAUAUACCGCCUUAUGGAAAAUAAAUUGGGCCAAAAACAAAGGAGGUAAAUAACGGGAAAACGUAAAUACCGUUAACGUAAAUACGGGGUUUCACUGUAAUAAUUUUUUUUUUCAAACCAUACAUAGUUUAGGUACCUUAUUUUGGCAAUCACCCAUAAUGGUUAUAAUGUACCCCCCUCCUUUACAGAAUCCUUGCAUCCUGCUUGAUAGUUAACUGAUUGUUUUUAGGGUCAUUUUGUUUUUAUUGGUUUGCUUUAAAUAAUACAAACAUAAGUGUACAGCAAUUAAAGGAAAAUAAUAUAAUUCAAAGGAACCGACAAAAUACCACAGAAUCCUAUGGAAACCACAAAGAUAUACCUAAAAUAACAUAUUGCAAUACAACAAAAAGAACAGAUUCAAUGGAAAUAAUUCUUAUAAGAAAAAAAUAAGACACUGAAAUGUAGAGCACAACAGAAUUUACCAAGGUCGAAAACUACAAAAAUCUACAUAGACACUGCAAUAGAAACAACUAGAUUAGUCACUACUAUAAAACAAAAAAAGUUACUACAAUUUAGACCCACAAUGCAAUAUAAUGCAUUAAAAUUUGGUGCAUUUGAACCCUGUUUUAAAUAUAUCCAACUUACUUCACUGUCUUUAUUUAGUUAUCAAUCUUUAUUUUAACCUUUGAUAAAGUUUUCAAUUACAUAUAUAAAAAUAGAAUUCACAUGUCCCUUUUGAAAUAUGUUCCACAGUUAAAUGUAACAAAAUAUGUUUGUCAUUUUAUAGCAAAAACAAACUGUAGCCACUUAUUAGUGCUUGAUGUAUCAAACUUUUAUCCAAUCAAAAUCACAAAAAAUGUAAUUAAGUCUUUUGUACAUUUAAGUAUCAAGCCAGAUUCACAAUAGCCUAAGAACAGAACUGGAAUGCAAUGUAACAAGACACUCAGAAACUUCAAACUAGGCUAACUACACCGCUGCGCAGUUGAUAGUGGGGUGACGAAAGAAGCCUGGGAACACACAAAAAAUAUUCAACUUCUUUCCAUCCAGCUUCCAUCUUCUUCCCGUUCAGCCAAUUAGGUCUUUUUUAGUUCCCAGGUGUUGAAAAUUAAUUAAUUUUAAAAAAUUUAAAAAAAAAAGUAAUUUCAUUUUGCAUUUGUUGCUUGUGUAGAUGCAUUUAUCUGACAAAAUAAUUCCACUUUGUCAUUUCAUCACGUUGUUUAACCAACAUACAGUUAAUGAUUUGUUUCACAAAAUUUUGUUUUGAUUAUAACUGUACCGUAUCGUAAAAAUAGUGUGUUGUGAAUUCUAGCCUUUCUAGUCUUGCUCUCUGGGUGUUUGCAUCUCGUUUACAUUUCGUUCCCAGAUAUUGUGAAUCCGGCUCUACUUUCAUAUUAUUGCGGAACCACUGAAUUCUGUUACUUUUGAUUUGAUUCCAAUGUAGAUUUUUGACAGUGUAUGUGUGGUUGAUGGUAUAUUGUGUAUAUAUAGAUGUGCAUUCUUAUUUAUUGAUGCUGAAGAAAUGGCUUAGUGCUAAAAGGGAUGGACAAUUUUAAAAAUGAGUAACAUCUGUAUUAAAUCAUGUGAAUUUGAUGUGGGAUGCUCUGCAAUACUAACAUUAAUAGAGAUAUUUAUUGACCUACAGUAGAAUCUCAUUACUAAGUACUUACAGGGACCUCAAGUUUUUGUACUUACUUACUUAGUACUGCCGUCCGCCGCGGUCUCGUGUUCGAGGUCGGGCGCAGGUCCUAGCGGGGUGGCUGGCUUUCUUAGAGAUUUCUGUUCCGGGAGGGCGCCAGGCUAGCUCGGUGUCUAACCGUGUGAUGGUCGUGGGUUCGUUGCCCCAGCAUGGCCCGCUAGAACCGUCGGCGGUGAUGGAAUUUGUUUCCUGAAUAGGUUGGGUUAUUUAGGUUAGUUUACAUACACUGUUCUGUUUGUUCUACGGGUCGCACGUCGCGCACGGGAGGUGCGGGGUGGACGUUUUAUUGUUCACGAUUUACACUGGUUCAUUACAUUGGGCGCGAGGUCUACUCGGCGGUACAUGACUGCCAGUGAGGCGUCGGAACACGUAGAAGUUUUGAUUACACUAUUAUUACAAUUACACUUGACAAAACGGCACUCUGUGGUUCUUUUACGUACACGAUUACACUGCACACGUUAUCUGAGAGGGACACCUGCGUGCCUCUACGUGUGUUUACUUAUUAAGUCCUCACGCCAGUCGCAGUUGAGGGAGAGCGUUCGAUUAGCAUCGGCUAAUCUCUUAAUCGGUAACUUGCGACGCGCGGGCCCACCUGUGUGGACCGCGGCUCGCUACUAAAUUAAAAACACGUUUAAGCUUGGAUGUAGCCUGUUCCUGUGCACUGGGCGAUUAACUAAAGUUCUGGGGUGGCGGGAGACGGCCCGUACCGUAUACUGCACGGCCCCACGUAAUGCUUUGUGUGGGGCGUGUUAAAUUGACGCGGCUGGGUUAGGCCCUACACCGGAAAAGGACCGGGCGCACACGGGGAGUAUUUAAAAAAAGGUUUUGGUUGUGACUAUAAUUACCAGAUGGACGUUCGGUGAAACAAAGAGAUGCUGGCUCCCCGUGGGACGUGCGUCCGUCCCGGUCCGCGAGUCGCGCUGUACUGGCGUCUGGCCCUGGCGCGAGGGGAGGGGUGAGCUCCCUGUCACGCCAGAGUUUCUAAAGUUCCGUUAUUCGUAAAAAUCUAUAUUAACUAAAUUUAAGUGGCUCUAAAUUCACAUAAUAAAACUUAAUGAUUAACUUAAUAUCUAUAUAUGUUUUAGAAUUGACAUUUAAUAAGUUUGUCUAAAAUAAGUUUGAAUAUUAGAGUCAAGCUGGAGACUGUCUGUUUCUUGAUAACUACUUCAGUGGCGAAUGAUAAUGCUAAUUUGGGGCGGUUUGCGUUAUGUCACACAUUUCACUACUGAAUUUAGGCUGAAGGCCGCAAGGGUUGCACUCACAGCUGUUUUAGUAGGAAGCUACACGUGAGUGAUCCGGGCACUCCUACGUCGCACUCUAUUAAUUAGGGGCUUUUGUUUGUUUUUGAUUACUUUAUUAUUGUGUGGGGAAUUUUGUAGGCACGGGAGUGCGUUGCAUGCGUAAUUAAAAUGGUUCGCUAUUCUCUAUCUUGGGCUGCGGUCCGCUCACUUGACUCAGGAGGGCCAUGGCUAGGGGUGCUUUCCGUUAGCGGAGCCGAGUACUGGCGGGUGCAGGUCGGGCUUUGGGGUGGCCUUCGGCCGUACGAUGUCAGUACUGAAAGUACUUAGUACUGAAAAUUACAUACAUAUCAUCAUUACAAAGAGAAAAAUCAUAAAAUAAAUUAUUAUAAGGUACAAAAUUAUUAUUUGGUGAACAUCUGACAUCAGUUUAAAUAUUGGUAAUUUACAUUACUUAAGUUUGUUUAUUUUUAAAAAAAUUGGUUUCAGUUUGUUUUUGAGUUAGAAUAAUGCUCUGUUGAACAAAGUGUUCUAUGCCGUAGAAAGAUCUCUUGUGGAACCUUUUCGUGUUUAAAGAUGAAUUUUUUCAGUUUUUCUAACCUAAGAAUAGCUUCCGUAGCUGUCACAGGUGGCUCCUCACAGUCAGAAUAAUCAUCUGAUUCAGCUUUUGAUGACUGUGAUUGAAUGACUUCACUAAUGAUGUCACUGUCAGUCAUUAUUCACAGAGAUAUAGUCUGUGAAUGAAAUAGCAUCAAACUGCAUGGAGGCUAACACUUAUUGCCAGGGUCAAUGUCAUUGCUUUUGCAUGUUUUUGCUGUUGUGUGGCUUGCAUCCUGGUCUGAUUAAGUUGCAGUGAUCUCAUCAGGAUUACAGUUUACAAUACUAAACUUUCUCAGCAGUUGGCAAUAGUUUCUUGUUGAACAUUCCACCAUCCACCUAUGAUCAUCUCAAUUGCUUGAGGAACAUUGAUGUUGGUGGGCAAUUUCAACCUAAUGUUGAUGAGCAACCUCUCAACAAUGUGUUUUCGAAAAUUUACCUUGGCAUUCUGAAUAAUGCCUUGAUCAAGGGGCUGCAACUGAGAUGUGCAGUUUGGUGGCAGAAACAUCAGUUUGAUGUUUUCCAUACGAAUAUGAACACUGUGUUCUGCGCAGUUUUAUAUUAACAAAACAAUAAAUUAUUCUCUCAUAUCCUUUCUGGUUUUCACCACCCAAUUCGAGAAGAGAUCUCUCGUCAUCCAUGCACGGGUCUUACUGGCAUAAUCCACAGGAAGACAAGAAACUCCUUUGAAGCAUCUGGUAGUCUUGUGUUUACCAAUGAUUAAUGACCUCAAUUUUUUUGUUCCUGUGGCAUUGCAACAAAACAACACAGACAACCUUUCCUUUGCAUUUUUUCCUCCAGUGCAUUUUUCACCUUUAUAUGCCAUUGUCCUGUUAGGCAAAAGCCUGUAAAAAAGACAGUUUCAUAAGCAUUGAAUAUAUUGUCUAAUAAGAACGACUUAAAAAUACUCUCCAGCUUUUCUUCCUUCCACUGGUUUGCUGCCUCUGUGUCUGCAUCUUUAUCCUCCCCACACACAACCUUCCAUGAUAUACUAUGUAAUUCCCGGAAGCAUUGCAACCACCCUGAACUGACUUGUCUUUAAUUCCAUUGCAAACUGUUUUACUUUAGCUUGUAACAUUGGGUCUUUUACUGGAACAUUUUUUGAUCUCUGGAACGAAGCCUUUUGCGAUCACAACCAAACAAAGAUUCUUUAUACAUUUUUUCAAUUUUUGCCCGGUCUUUAACAAUCGUACUUACGGUCGUCGCCACAUUUCCAUGUGUCUUCGCAACUGCUAGUUGUUUUUUUCUUUGUCCAGUUCUCUGAGCAUUUCCACUUUUUUCUUAAGCAUGAAUUGCUUUCGUUUCUUUUUAUCUCAAGAAUCACUCAUUUUUGUAGCACAAAAACAAAUACAAUGAGGUGUCUAAAAAGUAAUGUGAAAAUAAAUUCAAAACAAUAACAUUCACUGCAUGGACUUCAAAUAAUACAUUAGUGUGAUACUUUCCUCUGAAUUAAUACACUUUUCUCUCAAAGUUUGGUGUUUCGAGGUAUCAAAUGGUGCUGUGUUGUUCAUGUCGUAUAUUAAGCACAUUAUUCUAUGGUAGUGUGCACAAACGUUUGUUUCUUUUGAGAUUUUAGAGGUUAGACAUUACAUUGCGGUGGUAUGAUUGAUUUAAUUAAUUUUUUGUUUGUUGUAUAACAUUAAUAAUUUAUUUGAAAAUUUAUUUAUCAUUUUAUGUAAAUUUUGGAGUAGCUAUGCCACACUAGUUGUGAAAUUUAUACAUUAUAGUGAAAAUUAUGAUACUUUAAACUGAAACAAUUUUGCAUUGAAAAUAUAUGAUUUUUGGCUGGGUAUUUUAAAAAAAUACAUUAAAGUGAAAUAUGCGUUACAGUGAGGUAUUUUGUAUCGGUAUUCUACUGUACAAAGCACUUGAUAGCAAAAAAAGAACUGCAGUUAAUGCAGUCACCUGGCCUAUCUGCAUGCAUUGGCUGCAUGAAUGCUCGUAGAUGCUUGCUUGGUAAACAAUCUAGAUUUUAUUACUACACGUCACAUCUUCUUGUAAACAGUAAAACUGUAUUUUCUAGCACCAGGUGUUUGAAUCAUCACAUAUCAGUUUUUUUUUGUUUUUGUUUUCCUCCUAAUUAUUUAAUCACUGGCUACCUGCAUAUUUGGCUAUCAUUUUGCUCAGAAUAUGUCGAUUUUUUAAUAGACACUUUGUUUAUUGUAUGAAAGACUUGUAAACAUUACCUUCAUGCAAUCUAGUAGGUAAAUUUUUUUAUUUCCAUGCUGAGAAGUGAAAAUGGUUUCAAAUAAUUUCUUAUGAAACAAAAUACAAAAUAUUAUUAAAAACUUAAUCAUUUAUGUAAGUAGUGGUUUUACGGUAAAGUGAUGCACAAAAUUGUUUGUAUAUUAUGAACAAUUAUUGCCUGUCAUAGUUAUGUUAGUUUGAUGUUAAGCUUAAAGUACUAGUAUAUGUGAUAGUAAACCAAAUACAAAUUUGAAAUGAUACAUUAUAAUUAAAUAAUUGUAAAGGCUGUUUCACAGUUGUUUCCUAUUUAUAAUGCUGUUAUUGUUUUUUAAUGUUUAAGUACGCAAAUGAAAUUUUUAUUCUCAUUGUAAGA